CGUGCCUGCCUACGGUCGUUUCAAACAUGGAGGAGAGGGAACGAAGAGAGGAGAGUUAUCCGGAAUCAGAGAGUUAUCCGGAAUCAAAGAGUAAAGACAAAUCCCAACCAGUUUCUAGCACUCCUCAAAGAACGGAAAAGGAUUCGACUACGAAUCGGGAUACUAAAGAAGAAGACUUUGGUGCUAACCAGGACGAGGACGUUGGUGCAAAAUUGGACGUGAGCUCAGAUAAGUUUGAUCCACUUCUGGCCUUGUACUCGCCAGCAGUGACUCUUCCUUUUCCUAACAUCAAGUGCUUCAACAACAUAGCCGAGUAUGAGAGUUUUCUGAAGGGGGGACGGGGCAGAGCUAAGCCGGAAAAUGUGGAGAAAAAGAAGCGUAAAGCGAGUAAGGGGGUGGUGGACCCCGAGCGCAUUGAGAGACUGAGGAAACUCAUGGUAAACAACGUUCCUGAAGGAGACGAAGGCGCCAGUCAAACUCAGAGGUCUAGAAGGCACCAGAGGGCUGCUAAAAAUGUCCUGACAAGGAUGCCUCUACAUAAAGGCAGUCCACUGGGACAGCUGCACCGCUGUGUUGAGGAGAGGAUAAGGGUCAAAGUUCACAUCAGAACAUUCAAGGGUCUUCGAGGAGUGUGCUCCGGCUUCAUAGUGGCUUUUGAUAAGUUCUGGAACAUGGCGAUGGUGGAUGUUGACGAGACAUACAGGGAGCCCCUUCUAGGAGAGGCCUUCUACCAUGAGAAGGCCCUCACCGUCACGCGGCUGAUGGAGAAGCUGAAAAUCCAGGAGGGCCCAGAAGGGGGUGAGAGGAAGCACACAGCCAAGGGAAAAACCAGAGCCCUACAGCCUCAGCCCCAGCCCCAGCCCCCACCCGAGAGCCAGGCGGGUCAGAAGAGUGCGUCCCAGCCCUAUGGGAAGGUCCACACGCGCCACAUCAACCAGCUCUUCAUACGGGGAGAGAACGUGCUGGUGGUUAACCUCCAGCCUUGCUGAACACGCUGGCCUGGUGGCGCGGCAGGAGGGGAGUCCUCUACUGAACGAUCUACUGUAUAGACUUGGAUGAAACGGGUCGCAUAUAUCAUAUUGAUAUAUGCAUUCUUUUUCUGCAGAUAUGACACAUUUUUCUCAUAAUCAUGUGAUGUGAUCACUCUCAACAGAUAGUCUCAAAUGGGAUUCAAAUGUCAUCCUCCAAACCCAAUAAAAUGUCCCACACUGUGGCUGGUGAGCGUCGAGUCAGGGUAAGGUGCACCUGUCAUCCAGUAGGUGGCAGUAUAAACACGCGUGACGAGAGAGCGCUUGUGAGAGCUUGUCCUAUUAUGUGCUCUUUCCUUGUCAGUUGGAUCAGUGAUGGCAGCACGGUCUCUGAGGACCUCAUGAAUGCAUUAUGAAUAAUUGAGUUUGUGAAGUUGGAGAUUGCGUAUGGCACUCAGAAGCUGUUAUUUGUCUUGACGUUCCAGAUUGCCUUUACUCUUUAAUGGGCACAUUACCCAUAAAAGCACAAGUUUCUGCAUCUGAUGGAAAUAAAAAUGUAAAAAAAAAAAAAAAAGGUUAAAUGAGGAUUGGAGAUGCACGCACAUCGAAUGGGACAAAUUCAAGUUUAGAUACAUUUCCUGGUUUACUUUCCCAUCGUUUCCUAUUCAUCUUUUGUUGUUAAUAAAGGAAUAAAACUGUAUUUUUUGUAUCCACAAACCCGUCAAGAGUGAACUGUCCUGGAGUGUGUGGGUGAAAAGUCUCAACAGGAUUUCAUAUUAGGUAUCCAUUCAGAUUCAAGGUAAGGGAUCAAUCAUUUCCCGGUGUCAAGUUUGAAACAUGCAAUGUCAGCACAAAAAAAACACUUCAUUAACAAAGCUCAAUCAACUGUUUUUAUUCUCGUAGAUAAAGAUCAUGAUGUGAAAUUCAAAUCAAACAGAAGACCAAAGACUGGAAAAACGUCAUUUUCAAAGCGUUUUCGGUUUUGUUGGUGCUUGUUUUAACAUUUUCAUAAACUAGUGUUUUUACAAUCUUGUAUCACAGAAGAUCUAUGAACAAUUUGAAGUAGAAAAACAAAAACAAAACUAAAAGCAUAAAACCCCCUUUAGGAUAAUAUCAUUUAGAAAAAAAAGAAACGAAAAACAAACGAGAGUAAAUAGAUUUUGGUCAUUGAAACAGGUAAUGCCUCACCCUAGAACUGAUCAUUCAAGGCUGCUGUGGACUGUGUGUGUGUGUGUGUGUUUGGUGGCAUUGGAGUAAGACCCAGAACAACCAGAUAGGACCACACAGCAUCAGUCUCCAGGGUCCUAGUCAGCUGGUUCCCCUCAAUGCUAGAGAACAGAUGAGUCACAGGUUUUGACAAACCAGAUCAUCUUUUUUUUGUUUGUACUCUUCUCUUUUCACCUAGAACUUGUGACUGGUUAAAAGGGUAACCAGUCUUGUAUGGUCUAUGGCUCUUUUGAGGACUGUUGUCCUGUUCCGGCUCCGUCACAUAACACAUGGAUGGAAGUGUACAAUCGGACCUACCAGUCAGCUCGCAGCUGACAGGUCUUGUGCAGAAUGUGCUGGGCUAGCACACCCACUCCACAUAACAGUCACGUCUGGCUACCACACAGGCCUACAUACAUGCCCUGCACACACGCUACAUCUCAUUGGUCGCCGAUUUCCCCUCGCUCUCCUCCAAUCGGAUUCUUUACCUGGGAGGAUGGGAAACUACCAGAUUGUAGACAGAUCAUAGGUCAAGUGUCAAGCAUGUAGAUUUGUAUUUUGCUUUUCAUUUAGGUCAGUGCAGCUGUAGGAAAGGAAGCACAUGUAGAGUAUUGAGCUGCAACCGUAGACGUGUCGUUGCACACAGAACAGACUUGCAUUUACAAUCAUCAAAGCAAAGCCUUUGAUAUACUGUGUGUUUUAUGACAGUCGAGAGAACGGCCGUGAACGUUUCUUACUGUGUAUCAGAUGUGUAAGUGUGUGUGUGUGUGUGUGUGUGGGGGGGGGGGUGUCUUCAAACCCCAUGUCAAGUCAUCACUGGCAUGAGUUGGGUGGUCCACACUUCAACCAAGUGUACAGUGGAAAUGAAAAGAGAUGAACUCCUGAAGCAAUAGGCCGCUAAACCCUCCCUCUCUGAUGAAAAUAUGGAAGCCAAGUCAGACACGGGGGGGCCGGGUAACAAUACUAUUAAGAUGGUUCCUUCCUCGCUGCCUCCCCCAGGAUAAUCUCUCAUGGGAACACGGCUGGGUGGGUCAGAGGGAGGAACGAGGUACCUCUGGCCAACUCCAAAGCCAGGUGAGCGACAGACAGACACACAGACACAGUGCUGUAACAUUCUCCACAGUAACUGUCACGGAAGCUGCAGAGCUGUACGGUCGGUAUGGUGAGGAGGUUUCUAAUGGAGAAGAAGAAGGCAACUGACUUCCAGGCACUGCAGGCGUGCUGCUGUAUUAGAACGACCACACGCAGCCACGCCCAGUGGCUCCUACACUACUGAUUAUCUCAUCUGGAGGCAGAACUGAUUAUAUUUCUGAGCUAUAAUCCCCCCCCCCCAUAUAUAUAUAUAUGUGGCACAACUAUAUAUAUAUACCCAUAAGAAAGGCCACAGAGGCUAUCUGAAAAUGGAACAGCUUCCUACAUUCCCCCCCCCCCAUCACAAA